AUGCUGUUCUCCAUUUGUUGCUUCGCUUUCCUUAUUCAUGGCGUAAAAAGUGCUGUUGAUAAGGCGAUAGAAGAUUGUAAUAAAGAAGUAGGGGGACAACAACGACCAACGGUCGAACCAGGCCUUUGUGCACACAUCGAUUUACCUGCCUGUGCUGCUAUAUUUCCAUACAACGAUGCAGCGGCAGCGAUCGCAUCUCAUAGAGCCGCAUCUUACCUGAUACCCGAUCCAUGCACACAACCUCCUCUCAAAGCGUUUGCAGAAAAGAAUUGCCCAAGUCGUUGUGCAUUCUGCUGCAAAGCAAAACAAUUCAACUGUGCUAACGAUCCAUUCGCAGGCAAUCAUUGUGAUGCUUUUACACUGGAGAUGUGCAGGAAUUCGGCCCUCAGGACAAUAGCAUUAAGGAGUUGUCCAAUGAAAUGUGGACUUUGUGACCAACCAGGAGCAGGUGGCACCUGCCCAAACACAUUUGACGAUGCAGUUUUUAGCAUUUCAGAAAAUCAAAAUGCAACAGCAGCACAAUCAAAUUGUCGCGACGACGACGGGCAAUGUUCAGAAAAUAGAAAAUACUGCACAAUAGAACCUUAUGCAACUGUAAUGAGAGGUAAAUGCCGUUCAACUUGUGGCCAUUGUCAGCCAUAA